UUGAAAAGGAAAGGGUAUGAAAAGUACUCCUACAAGUCACAAUCUGGUCGACUAUGAUUUGCUGAAAGCAGGAGAGACAGAGAUGGAUACGGAUUCAGAUUUCAGAAUCACACGGGCAGAGCACACGUAUAAAUAAGCUAAGCUGCCAGUCUGCUUCAACAACCCAAAGCAGAGCAGCAGCAGCUCAGAUCACUCGGCGUUACGGUGGUGAUCAUCAGCCUACGGUGGUGACUGACGCAUGGCUCUGAUCAGGGAGAAGAGGCUUCCGCAGCUGCACCUCGCGCUGCCCGUCCCGUCCCGCGCCGCCGCGCAGGAGCUCGGCGUCCUCGGCCGGCGGCCCAACCCCACGGCCACCAAGGCCUCCACCCCGUCGGCGCUGUCCAGCCAGUUCCGCCUCGCCGACUUCGACAAGCUCGCCGUCCUGGGCCGCGGGAACGGCGGCACCGUGUACAAGGUCCGCCACCGGGAGACGUGCGCGCUCUACGCGCUCAAGGUGCAGCACUACGGCGAUCCCGCCGCGGCCGCCGAGGCCGACGUCCUCAGCCGCACGGCCUCGCCAUUCGUCGUCCGGUGCCACUCCGUGCUCCCCGCCGCGGCAUCCGGCGACGUCGCCCUGCUCCUCGAGCUGGUCGACGGGGGCUCGCUCGACUGUAUCAGGAGCCGCCGCGGCGCGUUCACGGAGGCCGCGCUCGCGGAGGUGGCGGCGCAGGCGCUGUCGGGGCUGGCGUACCUCCACGCCCGCCGCAUCGUGCACCUCGACGUCAAGCCGGCGAACCUUCUCGCCAGCACGGCCGGGGAGGUCAAGGUCGCCGACUUCGGCAUCGCCAAGGUGCUCGCCCGCGCCGGCGACCACUGCACGUCGUACGCCGGCACCUCCGCGUACAUGAGCCCCGAGCGCUUCGACCCGGAGGCGCACGGUGGGCACUACGACCCGUACGCCGCCGACGUGUGGAGCCUCGGGGUCACGCUCCUUGAGCUCUUCAUGGGCAGGUACCCGCUCCUGCCCGCCGGGCAGCAGCCCACCUGGGCCGCGCUCAUGUGCGCCGUCUGCUUCGGCGAGCCGCCCGUGCUGCCCGACGGCGCGGCCUCGCCGGAGCUCCGGGGAUUCGUCGCCUCGUGCCUGCAGAAGGACUACCGCAACAGGGCGUCCGUGGCGGAGCUGCUUGCUCACCCAUUCGUGGCCGGGAGGGACGUUGCAGCGUCGAAACGCGCGCUCCGGAAGCUGGUCGCCGAUGCCUCGUCGUCAUUGUAGUGCCGGGAUACGGAUCCCGCUGGGCGGCACAGCCAUGCACAUAUACUGAUAUACAUAGAAUCAAUUUUGCUAGAUAUGUACAGUACCGUAUAUGCAGAGCUUAGUGAUAACACACCAGUUAGCUUAGUGAUGACCUAGGCUAGGAUUAGUUACUCACUUGUUCAGACAUUGGUGAUGCACUGAUGUAGCAGUAUUAGUUUUCCAUGGAUUAUGGCAA